AUGAAUUCAACCAUCCCAGUCUGGAAGAUAGAAGCCACACCAACCGAUAGGAAUUACCUGAGCCCUCAUCCAACUUGUAACAUGAAUAACAUGACCUCAAAAAUGCUGACCCUCAUCAUUUUGCUGGUCGGACUGGCAGGAAAUGUGGCUGUGCUCUUACUCCUGGGCUUCCGCAUACGCAGGAACGCCUUCUCUGUCUACAUCCUCAACCUGGCUGCUGCUGACUUCCUCUUUCUCUGCUUCAAUACCACUGCUUUUGUACUAGAUGUCAUCAAAAUGUUCCUUCGCUUCUCCGUCCCUACUUAUGGCAUCAUACGAACUGGGGGAAUCAUGUGCUACAUUGCAGGCCUGAGCAUGCUCAGUGCUAUUUGCACUGAGCGCUGCCUGUCGGUCCUGUGGCCCAUCUGGUACCACUGCCACCGCCCUACACACAUGUCAGCUGUCAUGUGUGCCCUGUUCUGGGCCCUGUCCAUGUUACUGAGCAUCCUGGACAGGGUCUAUUGUUUAAAACUGUCUAUGAGUUUUGCGAUUAAUCGAUGUAAAACUGUUGACUUUAUUAUAGCUGCGUGGCUGAUGUUUUUAUUUGUGAUCCUCUCAGGGUCCAGCCUGACCCUGCUGGGCAGGAUCCUUUGUGGAUCCCGGAGGAUGCAACUGAGCAGGCUGUAUGUGACCAUUCUGCUCACAUUUCUGGUCUUCCUCCUCUGUGGUUUGCCAUUUGGCAUCUAUUUGUUCCUGGUCUACUGGAUUCACAAUGAUUUUUAUACACUAGGUUGUCUUAAUAUGGUUUCAUUUGUCUUGUCCUGUGUUAACAGUGGAGCCAACCCCAUCAUUUACUUCUUUGUUGGCUCCUUUAGGCAGCAGUCCCAGAACCUCAAGCUAGUGCUUGAGCGGGCUCUGCAGGACACUCCUGAAAAGGAUGAAGGUGGUAACAGCCUUUCUCAAGGAACCCUGGAGAUGUCAGAGAGCAGAGUGGGACAGAGAUGA